AUGAAUCAAAAUCAUUUUCUGGGAAACAUCGAUUUGAGUGUUGUCCAUUCAUUACUUACAAAUUAUUCUGUGCCAACAAGACUACCAAAUGGUAUCAAAUUAAACAAAAUCAAACAACAAGAUGAUUUAAUUUUAAUCGAAUUGGGUAGUUUAUUGGAUACCAAUGAAUGUGAUGAAAUUCUUACGAAUAUUAAUCAACAAAAAUUCGAACAUAUGACCAAUCAAUAUGAUAGUCAAAAUCGAAAUAAUUGGCGAUUAAUAGUUAUUGAUGAUCGAUUUGCUCGAACACUUUGGCGACGUUUAAAAUUUAGUAAUCGAAUAACCAAAUUAAUUUCAAAUACAAAACCAUUAGGUUUCAAUGUUCAAGGCACAUGGGAAAUGAAUAGUGUUAAUAAUGCAAUGCGAUUAAAUAAAUAUCAUGAAAAUGAAUAUUUUACUCUCCAUAAAGAUGCACAAUAUUCACCUAGUGCUGAUGAACGAUCAUUACUAAGUUUAAUUAUUUACUUAAAUGAUAAUUUUGAAAAAGGCGAAACAAAAUUUUAUUUUCCAAAACAAACACCCAAGUCUCCUGUCAAAGGAUUAACAAUUAAGGAAGAAAUUGAAUCUUACGGCGGAUUAGAUUAUGGUUAUGAAUGUAUGACAAUAAAACCGAAAAAAGGUCAUGCUAUUCUAUUUACACAUAAUCUUUUACAUGAAGCUAUAGCACCAGAAAUAAACAAUUCUAGUGAGGUCAAAGAGCGUAUUGUAUUAAGAACUGAUGUACUUGUUAAACGAAAAGAAAAACCAUUAGGAUUUGCAAUAACUUCAGAAGAAAAAGAUGAUUAUGAAGCAUGUUUAAAUUUUUUUCGUGAAGCACAACAAAAUGAAUUGAAUAUACAUAAUAAUAAGUCGAAUAAAUCAGUAAAAACAACUGAUAUUGGAGAAUUAUAUGAACGUUCAUUAUCUAUUCGAUAUUGUUAUCCACGUUUACUUGAACUAAAACCAAAAGAAUCAAUUAUAAAUUCAAAUGAGCAAAAAAAAUUAAUCAAACAAUUACCACCUGAAAUAUGGCUUUCUAUAUUUAAAUACUUAGAUAAACAAGACAUUCAACAUUUAAUAUUUGCUUUUCCUAAUUUUCAACUAUUGAAAAUUGUAUGGGAAAGUCAAGAAUUGAAAAACUUUGAACAGAAUUUAUUUCGAGAAAAAUUUAUUCCAACAAUCGAUACUCAAUAUGGUAGUCAAACAUUAUUUCGUUUUUCGGACUCGAAAUUUUUCUACAAACAUAUUGAUCAAUGUUGUCGUGUUGCUGCCGUUUAUGCUUUUUUUCUAUUAGGACAUACAAAAGAUUCAACAACUUAUACUGUUCAUUAUGAUAGAAAUACACAUGAAGUAUGUGAAGUGAAUAUGGAAAGAAUUUUAUCCGAUGUAUUUUAUAAUCGAAAUUGUUAUGGUUCUCUCUAUCGUGUUGAACAAAAAGAUAAAAAUAAACGAGAACCAAUGAUUGAUUUGAAUCAUAGUGUUGAUCGUGCUUAUAUGAUAAAUCGUCAUCAAUCACAAUUUAUUGGACAAGAUCUUCUAUCACGUUUUCGUUUUACAAUAAAAAGUGUUCUUGACUUAUAUAAUGAAAAAUCCAAUUGGGACAUGAAUAGUGAUGAUCAAUAUUAUGAAUUCCUUAAAUCAAAUAUUCUCGGUUAUCAACGAAAGCAUGCUUUGGACGAUGAAGAUCAAGCACUUAUUGAUUCAUGUUCAAAUAUAAUUAAUGAUGACGAUUCGACAGAUGGGGAAUAUGAUUACAAUAAUGUAUCAGGUUAUCGUAAAAAUUUAUUAAAACAAAUUGAACAAGGUUGUGGCACAAGUCUAUGUCGAAUUUUAGCUGGAGAUAGUGUGAGGAAUCCUUGUGCUUGUUCAGAUAGUCGUCCAAGUCUAGAUGAAGUUCGAGAUGACAUUGUUUAUUAUAAUCACCUUAUAUUCGAUUUUGAUACACAUCAAUUAACUGUUGAACGUCUAUCCGAUGAAACAUUGCAUAGUUUGGAAAAUCAUUCUCUACUAUACAAAUGUGUUGAACAAUUACAACGUUCAAUUCCACAAGAAAAUCCCAUUUUAUUCUAUCGGGUUAAUAUUGAAAAAUUGGCUAAAAUAACAAAAGGUUUCCAUCAUGCAUCAUGCCACUGUUUGUAUGGAGAUGCAGACUUUGAUCAAUUUUCAUUUCUUGAUUAUACAUAUUUAUCACAUGUUCACUUAGCGAUUAGUCAAAACAACGAUCAUGUAUUUGUUUUAGCGGUGUAUGGUGGAGUCGCUGCUCUGUAA